AUGCCCGCCGGCCGCCCGGGCCCCGCCGCCCAAUCCGCGCGGCGGCCGCCGCCGCUACUGCCCCUACUGCUGCUCUGCGUCCUCGGGGCGCCGCAAGCGGGAUCAGGAGCCGACACGGCUGUGAUCAGUCCCCAGGACCCCACGCUCCUCAUCGGCUCCUCCCUGCAGGCCACGUGCUCAGUGCACGGGGACCCACCAGGGGCCACCGCCGAGGGCCUCUACUGGACCCUCAACGGGCACCGCCUGCCCCCUGAGCUGUCCCGAAUGCUCAACGCCUCCACUCUAGCCCUUGCCCUGGCCAACCUCAACGGAUCCAGGCAGCAGUCGGGGGACAACCUCGUGUGCCAUGCCCGUGACGGCAGCAUCCUUGCCGGCUCCUGCCUCUAUGUUGGCCUUCCCCCAGAGAAACCCUUCAACAUCAGCUGUUGGUCCAAGAACAUGAAGGACCUGACAUGCCGCUGGACGCCGGGGGCCCACGGGGAAACCUUCCUCCACACCAACUACUCCCUCAAGUACAAGCUGAGGUGGUAUGGGCAGGACAACACAUGUGAGGAAUACCACACGGUGGGACCUCACUCUUGCCACAUCCCCAAGGACCUGGCUCUCUUCACACCCUAUGAGAUCUGGGUGGAGGCCACCAACCGACUGGGCUCGGCCCGCUCUGAUGUGCUGACACUGGACAUCCUGGAUGUGGUGACCACCGACCCCCCGCCAGAAGUGCACGUGAGCCGCGUAGGGGGCCUGGAGGACCAGCUGAGCGUGCGCUGGGUUUCACCGCCUGCCCUCAAGGACUUCCUCUUCCAAGCCAAGUACCAGAUCCGCUACCGAGUGGAGGACAGCGUGGAUUGGAAGGUGGUGGACGACGUGAGCAACCAGACCUCCUGCCGCCUGGCGGGCCUUAAGCCAGGCACCGUCUACUUCGUGCAAGUGCGCUGCAACCCCUUUGGCAUCUAUGGCUCCAAGAAGGCAGGGAUCUGGAGCGAAUGGAGCCACCCCACGGCUGCCUCCACCCCCCGAAGUGAGCGCCCGGGCCCGGGCGGCGGGGCGUGCGAGCCGCGGGGCGGCGAGCCGAGCUCGGGGCCGGUGCGGCGCGAGCUCAAGCAGUUUCUGGGCUGGCUCAAGAAGCACGCGUACUGCUCGAACCUCAGCUUCCGCCUCUAUGACCAGUGGCGAGCCUGGAUGCAGAAGUCACAUAAGACCCGCAACCAGCACAGGACGAGGGGAUCCUGUCCUCGGGCAGACGGGGCGCGGCGAGAGGUCCUGCCAGAUAAGCUCUAGAGGCUGGGGCUGCCCUCCCUGCUGCAUGGAGACCCAGGGGCCACCCCCAGACUGGGGGCCACCUCUGUACCCUCACCUCAGGGUGCCCCAGCCCUCUCGGCAGCAGCUGGGGUGAGCACUCUGAGCUCCGAGGGCCACAACAGCUCUGGCCUCCACGUGAGGUGCACCCCAGUGGGGGGAAUGUGUGUGAGGGGGGCUGAGCUUCCCAGAACGCCUGCCAGGGCUGGGGGUGAAAAAGGGUCAUUACUCCCUCCUACCCAGGACCACUCCAAAGAGUCUUUUUAAAUAAACAAACUAUUUAGGUG